AUGUCUCUUUUCUCCAAUGACUCUUCCCUUCAAACUGAGGAUAUGCCCGAUCGUCUAAUGGCCAUUCUAAUAAUGCAUCGUCAAGAUGAGACAGAGAAUAAGAAGAGCAACAAAAAGGUCAGCAAGGCUGAAGCUCGAAAGGCUGAGUACCAACAUUCUGAGCAAGCCAAAUCCAAGGCUGUAGCCAAGAAGAAGGCUGAGGUGAAGAAGAAGGCUGCAGCCAAGAAGAAAGCUGCGGCCAAGAAGAAGGCUGAGGCCAAGAAGGCUACCAAGAAGGCUGCCAGGGAACAAGAAGUCGACGAGUCCGAAUCGGAGCCCGCAAUGGAAGAAGAAACUUACGAGCCAAUUGCUGCUUUGGCUUACGAUGAUGACGAAGAGGGACCACGCACAGAGGAACUCAGUGACACUUUGAAGUGCGGGUUUGCCUACAACGAAGACGAUGUUGAGAAGGCUACCGAAGACUUUGACGAUCUGGACACCAUCAAGAAGGUUGUCGGAUGGUUGUCUUCCAACGAGGAAUAUAGGCCUCCUAGCGACAAGAAGUUCAACGCUGACACCAAGAAGGCAAUGAAGGUCAACAAGGCCUUCGGCGCCUACAAGGUCGAAUCCAAGGAGCUUUCUGCCGAAAAGAAAGCCAAGGAACUUGAAUCCUCUCUCAAGUGGCUGCAAGAUAGUACCACCAAGUAUACUGAGGAUGCUGCCGAAUUCGAGUACAACCAAGGAACUUUCAAGAAGGUCAAUGAUCUAUUUGGACAAUGGGCGCCAAAGGGAGUUCCAUCUCUUGACUGGGAAAGCUAUGAUAUCAGAGAAGACCCCAACGACUCGGAAUCGCGUGCCAACGACUUGAAGGGAUCUCUCGGUCUCGUCUUGAGUGGUGCAUUCGACACUAAUCAUCCCAACUACAACUGUGCCACGAUCAACCGAAUAAAAGAUCUCUUUGCUGGCUGGAAGUUGAAGGAAAACGAUGGAGUCGAGGGAUUGGACGAUGCUCUUAGCUGGUGGAAACUCAAUGCUACCAAGUACGACCCUCUCACCGCUUCUGCCGAUGAAAUCGACAUGUACUUCAAGUCCAAGAAGAUGCUCGCGAUGUUCGGGCUAAAGGAAGGUGACGAAUGGGACAAGCGCAAUCAAGAGAUUGAAGAAGCUAUGUCUUUGUGGGAAAAAUACAAGGGAAAACCUUUGGACGACCUUGAUGAGCCCACUGUUGCAAAGAUGAAGAAGGUCAAGGAUGCUCUUCUGCCAAUGAAGCGUGAUUCCCUUGGCAUGUGUGAUAUGAAGUACAUGGCCAAAGAAAUGGAUGAUGCCCUAGACUGGUACCUCGACAAGGGUUACAAGAUCGAGGAUUUGUCCAAGGUCAACAAGAAAUACAGGUCGAGCUUCAAGAAGGCACAAGCUCUCAUGGGUCUCUGGGGGAAGAAGGCCGAUCCUUCUCCCGAUCUGCUCAAGGAGAUCGCGGAGUCUCUCCUCUCCUUUCGCCGCAACAUGUACAAUCCCGAGAUUAUCGACAAGUUCGACGGAGAAGAAGGUGCCAAGUGCAAACGACUCCAAGAAGCUAUCAUUGAUUGGAGACUGAAGGGAGCCGAAUCCGAUACCAUCGCAUCUGAUGAAGGCGAGGCUCUUGCCCAUGGAAUCGAGAAUGCAAUGGAUUGGUGGGUUGCCAACGGGGAGAACUUUGACUUUGAAACUGCUGACAAGGGGCAAAUCUUCAUGGCUCAAAUGGCCAAGAGCACCUUGGAAAUGUGGAUCCCAUUGGGUCCCGAAGAUGCCUUCACCUACAAGAAGUCAAGAGAUGCAGUGGAUGAGAUCAAGGAAGUUCUCGCCCUCUACCACGAUACCGGCAAAAACUUUGAUGUUGCUAAUUUGAAGGUCAAGUCUGGAGAGAGAGCUUCUCUAUUGAAAUUGAAGCAUGCUAUGUUGCAAUGGCGCAGAGGAAAUGCUACCAACAUUUCCCAAGUAGAAUCCGAGCAAACUGUCAACGAGAUGAUCAGCGCCAUGAACUGGUGGAAGCACAAAGGCAAGGACUACGAUGUUGUAGCCGACCGUAUGGAGACUGUUCCAGUCAUGCUCCGCCACAAGGAAGCUACCAACGCUCUUGAAGAAUUCCACGGGGACUUUGGUGCUCCUGGCCAAACUCCAUUCAAGUGUCUUUCCCGCAAGGAACAAAAGAAGGUUGUCAAGGAACUUGACGGAUCUGUUUCUUGGUGGCAGCGAUCUGGAAAGAUGAUUGACACCACUCAAGCUGAAGAGGACUUCGAGAUGUUUGGAAAGGCUCAUCGCCUCAAGGCCAACAUGACUGAAGACGAACGCGAGAAGUUGUGUAAGGAGAUCAGUGCCGAUAUCAUCGCCCGAAAACAGAUAGCAGAAUCAUCUUCUUAUGCGGUGGAAACAAGGUAA